AUGGACGACAAAAAGAAUCCCGAUAGCAUCAUCGCCAAUGUCGCCAACGAGUGUCCAAUCGAACAUGGCCAAGUCGAGGAGUUCCAGAUCGUUUCCAGGCCUUACGGCAAAAGCACACGCCGAGUCAUGCGUCCACGUCACAUCCAAAUGAUGGCAAUUUCUGGUGCCAUAGGUACAGGCCUGUUCAUCGGUUCGGGCGGAGCACUCGCUCGUGCUGGGCCUGGUGGCUUGUUUCUGGGCUAUUCCAUUUAUGCCGUACUCACAUGGUCCACCUUCAAUGCCAUGGGGGAAAUGGUUUCUUGGCUGCCUGUGGAUGGCGCUUUUGUAGUCUAUGCACAUGCAUACCUUGAUGAAGCUUGGGCUUUUGCUAUUGGAGCGGUGUAUACCGUCAACAACGCACUGAUUGUUGCUAGUGAGAUCUCGGCUGUUUGCUCCUUGAUAGGAUAUUGGGACCAAUCGAUCAACAAUGGUGUUUGGGUAGCGAUUAUAACAUCGUCCAUGCUAGCAUUGAAUGCUUUUGGAGCACGUAUCUAUGGCGAGGGAGAAUUUUACUUCUCUAUCUUCAAGGUACUGCUGAUCCUUGGUCUCAUCAUCAUGACUUUCAUUCUCAUGGUUGGCGGUAAUCCAUCGCACUGGGCUUUCGGUUUUACUUUCUGGGACAAGCCUGGUUCAUUCGCCGAAUACAUCGUGAGCGGAUCCACUGGACGGUUCCUGGGCUUCUGGUCUGUGUUCGUUCAAGCUGCCUUCGCUUUUGGCGGACCAGACUACGUCGCUUUGACAGCUGGCGAGGCACAAAACCCUCGGCGUGUGAUGCCGCGUGUAUUCAGCCGCGUCAUCUAUCGGUUGGUUAUCUUCUACGUUCUUGGUGUGCUCUGCGUGGGUAUCCUCGUUCCAUACGACGACCCUGCACUCACUUCCGGAGCCAAGGGCGCUGGAUCAUCGCCUUUUGUGAUUGGAGUUACUAGAUUAGGUAUCACGGGAUUGCCGUCUCUGAUUAAUGCCAUUCUCAUAACAUCGGCAUGGUCAUGUGGGAUCGAGAUCUUCUAUGCAGCUUCCCGGUCUGCGUAUGCAAUGGCUCUUGGAGGUUAUGCUCCAUCAUUCUUAUUGACGACAUGGCGCGGCGUACCCAUCUACUGCGUCAUUGGUGUCUGGCUCGUAUCACUGAUCUCAUUCAUGACCGCAAGUAACGGCGCUUUGACAGUUUUCACCUGGAUCACGAGUAUCGUCGGCGCUGGAAAUCUGGUCAUCUACUUCGUGUUUCACAUCACCUAUAUCCGCUUUCGACGCGCACAGACAGCCCAAGGGGUCACUGACGAGCAACGGCCCUGGUUCCGCAGGCAUCAAUACUAUUAUUCCUAUGCUUCUGCAUUCUUAUAUGGUAUCAUUGUGCUUACCAAUGGUUUCGAAGUGUUUAUCCAUGGCCACUGGUCAAUCUCAAAUUUCAUCUUUGCGUACUUCGCCCUUGCACUUUUUGUUGUUGCUUUGGGUGGAUGGAAGUUGAUAAGGCGGACCAAGAUGCGACCGCUGGACAAGGUUGAUUUGAUGGCUGGAAGGUGUGCUGAGGACUGGGAGGAUGAGGUUGCAGAGCCGGAGCCGAACACCCGGGUUGCAAGAUUCAAUCGUUGGCUAUGGGGUUAG